CUCCAUGUUCACGGGUCCUGGCGAAGAAAGCCGAUGAUGUGUAUGUUUUGAAGCCCGACAACAACUGUUUGAACAAGUUGGAAGUAUGUUCUCUUGAUUGUUAUGAUAGGUGAAUGUCCUAAAAAGCUAUCAGCCGCCUCCCUGUUGUCUUCACUGGGGUGCAAGUAGAAAGGGCGUCUUGGAUAUAGAAUGGAGGAAUUAACCCCGUAUGGUCAUGGCUGGUGUGACGGCGUGGCGAUACACUAGCGAUCGUCUCCUCGGAGGAUGGGGCCCGCUUCUGUGUGUCUUCCUGGGAUCCCUGGUGGCCCUCCUGACGCCAAUGGUUGGGGUGGAGGAGCAGUGCGGUGGCUCGUUGAAUGUCGUCGCACAGCUCCGCUGUCAGCUAUGGGGGAGCUCCAAUCAGCCCCUAGAUGUGCAGUCCACCAGCCUCACUGUCCCCCUCACGGACCUCGGUUUGCUGCCUCUCAGGGCUAAACCCAGCAAAGAGAUGGUUCUUGAGGCCAGAGCGGCGCUGCAGCAGGCUCAGGAGAUGAAGAAACAGGGCAAGAGGGAGAAAGCCCACAAGCUGCUGGUGCAUGCACUCAGUUUGAAUCCAGAAUUUGUGGAUGCACUGACAGAGCUGGGGACUAUUUUGGAGGAGAAGGAUGUAGUGCAGGCAGACCACUUGUACACCAAAGCUUUGACCAUCUCACCUUGCAAUGAAAGGGCACUGGUGAGCCGAGACCGCACCCUCCCCUUGGUGGAGGAAAUAGACCAGCGUCACUUUGGCAUCAUUGACAGUAAGGUGCGCAGGCUCAUGUCCAUUCCUAAAGGCAACUCUGCGCUACGUAGAGUGAUGGAGGAAACGUAUUACCACCACAUCUACCACACAGUGGCCAUAGAAGGCAGCACUCUCACUUUAUCAGAAAUUCGUCACAUCAUUGAGACGCGCUACGCUGUCCCCGGCAAGAGCCUGCAGGAGCAGAACGAGGCCAUCGGCGUGGACGCGGCUAUGAAGUACAUCAACACCACACUGUUGUCCAGAACAGGAGCCAUUAGUGUGAGUGAUAUCCUUGAGAUCCACCGGCGAGUGCUGGGCUACGUGGACCCUGUGGAAGGAGGGCGGCUGCGCACUAACCAAGUGUUUGUAGGCCAUCACAUCCCGCCGCACCCCCAAGACCUGCAACGUCACAUGCAGGAGCUGAUUCUGUGGCUCAACUCAGACGAGGCCUUGCAGCUGCACCCUGUCGAGUACGCCGCUCUGGCUCAUUACAAACUGGUGUACGUGCACCCAUUUGUGGACGGCAACGGACGCACGUCACGCCUCUUGAUGAACCUUGUCCUCAUGCAGGCGCGAUAUCCGCCCAUUACCAUUCGCAAAGAGCAAAGGGCCGAGUACUACGCUGCUCUAGACACCGCAAACGAGGGAGACGUGCGCCCUUUCAUUCGCUUCAUCGCUAAAUGCACGGAGAUGACCCUGGACACUUUGCUGAUCUCCACUACUGAGCACGCUGUGGGUCUGCCAGGGGCUGGGCAGGAACAUGCAUGCCCAGACUGCAAACAAACCAUCCCAGUUCACAACUGAAUUAGUGCUGUGAGGGCAACUGGAAGCCUACUUUUCUCAGUCAUGUCCAUCAUCUGUAACCUGCUGAACUUUUUUCUUUUAUUAUUUUAAGUCUGAAUUUGCACACGGAAGGUGUCUUAAUUUCACAAAUGGGAAGUUGUGACUUCUGGAGGAAAGCUUCCAUGAUCUGGUAGUUUCUCAUCUUUUGAGAUGACUGUGAUUUCUCAUAUUGCUGUAAAGCACUUUCAUCAUAUUUAUUUUAUUUUAAUAAAAGUGUUACUAACUUUCAAUAUGUCUCAAGAUAAUAUACACACAAUAGCUUUAACACGGAAUUAAAGGAUCUUGAUGCUUUUCAUUCUUCACAACACAAGAUGGAACAACAAAACAAAACAUUUUUUGAUUGUUUAUGGACUUCAACCGGAACGUCAUAACCACAUGUUUCUGCACACUACUUGAAAACGUCACUUUGUUUUCAUUUUAAUUAGGCCACUGCGAUGAGAACAAUUUAUAUAGCUUGUAUUCCAUGUGUUACAAAUUAUGGGUGUCAUGUAAUGUUGACCAUGACAUAAAAAUCUUAGAUAUGAGCGUGAAUGAACUGAGCAACAUGAAACAUGGGCAAAAAUGCAUAGAUUGUCUUCAUGUAGACUACAUGUUUCUAUGCUUCUUAAAAUGUGACUUUUAAAAUACUUUUAAUUGGUUUAUCCCGACACUUUUUGCUAUACUGUCAAUUAUAUUCAUAUUUAUACUCAGAUUUCACUUAAUAUGCAGUUCUGGUUUUGCUUUAAACACAUGGAGUGCUGUAUGAUAUUUUGUGUGAAAUUAUAAUGGUGAACUAACAUAGUGGUCCCCAACCUUUUUUGACCCACGGACCGGCUUGUGUUCCCACAAAUCUCCCGCGGACCGGGGGAGUUCGUACAUUAUAGCGAUGUAAUUUAUCUUAUCUCUGGAGUUUUUCCAGAGAGAUGGUGUCUGAAACAUUUUCUGGCAACCUGUGUUGGCUCAAAGCAAACGGGUUCGUAGUUUCUUUGGCCACUACAUAGAAAGCUGUUAGAAGAUAUCAGCAGUUGUCUAACAGAAUAUAAUGACCUGUCAGAAGAUUUAUCUAUUUGAUUCACAAAAAGCAGUGCCUUAUUUUCUUCACAUUCACAGCCAUUAGGGUAACAAAAAAACUUAACCAACAAUGCAUUUCAAAAUAAGAUAAAAUAUCCCAUUUUUCAUCUGCACAGUACUAUCACAAUGACGGUUAGACUCCAUGAAGUGAACGGAACACAGCUAAAGUGAAUUGCAAGAAAACAUGUUGUAUACUGUAUGAGUACAAUUGUUUGGGUUACAUCCAUACAAGCGAUUGAACGCUGAUACUUCAGCUGCUUUGAGUACCCUUGCAUGUCCAGUCCCAUAAAAAUGAACAUUAUCAGCAUGAACAGGCUUUUUUCUCAUAGACAUCUCUGAACACAUUCAUUUAUCGAGUUUAGACGCAUAUCACUGCCUAUGAAGUAUUUCAAAUGCAUUGCAGGUAAUACAGUACGCAGCCAAAAUGUUUUACAGAUCUGCAUUGGCACACAUUUUGUUCCCCUGACAAGAGAUAUUAUCUGUCCUAUAUUACUCUCAAAGCGAAAGCAUGAAAAUACCCACAGAGGACCCCAAUCUCGCACAGCAUCUGCAAUAUGUAAUAACUGGUGCACAUCAAAUGCACAAUAUUCUUGGCCGUACAAUAUGGGAACUUGUCUAACAAACUGUUUAAGGGCAUUAUCAGCUAAAUCAACCCCAGCAGAACAAAUGUUAUCUCGUAGAAGUGAAUGUGUUGCGUAAACAAGCAAAAACCAAUGAUUGAAGUAUUCUUGCGGUAAUUUACCAUCACAAAUGAUCAAGGAAUAGUACAAUAGG